AAUGAAACAACUCCAUGGCUACAGCAUACAGGAUGGCCUCGCUUAUUUCAUAACCGACCGCUUGGGAUUAUUGCGGCCACGGCAAGGAAGCCCAAGCCAGCAUGGAAUGAAGAUUAUCUGUUGGGCCAAUGGCACGAUACAGCACUGCGAAGUCCGGCCGUCGUAGAAGCCCAGCUACGAGUUAUACUCCGUGGUGUUGACAUCAUGGUUGAUCGAGCCUAUUUCACAUUAGCCAAGACCUCAUACAGAUCUCGAUGCUGGUUGAAUACCUACUGGAAAGAUACCUUUUGGCCCCACGUAUUCAAAGCUGUGAACUGCUUGAAGAGAUAUGUUGAUGUAUGGAAAAGGUUCAUUUGUUAUGUGUUUAGAGUUCAACAUUUUGAAACACAUCAGCAGCAGGACAUCUACAACUUACGACUCGGACGCGAUGAAACUGCCAUGAUGCGUCAUAUACUAUAUCUGGUUGCUCUUCUUCAG